CGUCUACAUUCAUGCUUUCUCGCUUCGGUGAUUUGUAGUUGGUAGUGUCUGCGCUCUCUCUGAGCAUCGCGUGACUUCUAAGCAGAGAAGGGAGGAAGAGAAGGAGAGGGCGAUUAGCGAAGCAGAGAUGGAUCCGGACGCACUGGCCACGGCUUUCGUGGAGCACUAUUACACGACGUUCGAUUCCAACCGAGCCGGCCUAGCGAACCUGUACCAGGAAGGCUCGAUGUUUACCUUUGAGGGCCAGAAGAUUCAGGGUUCUUCGAAUAUUGUGGCCAAGCUCACUAGUCUGCCCUUCCAGCAGUGCAAGCAUAACAUCUCUACCGUCGACUGCCAGCCUUCUGGUCCAGCCGGUGGUAUGCUUGUAUUCGUCUCCGGAACCCUACAACUUGCAGGGGAGCAGCACGCGCUCAAGUUUAGCCAGAUGUUCCACUUGAUGCCAACGCCGCAGGGGAGCUUUUACGUGUUCAACGACAUAUUCCGUUUGAACUAUGCUUGAGGACAAGAGUCACAAGAUACACCAUGGUCAAGCAAUAUUUGGUCAACAUGUCCAGAUCUAGUCCAGUUUGCUUAUCUUUGUUCAGUUCGAAGACAUUUAUAAAGAAAACUAGGAUUUUGGCUCAUUGUUUACUUUGUUUCAUUGUGCGUUCGUGCUAUCUAUAUCUUGGGGAAUUGCUUUGUGAUGAUUGGUUGAACUAAUGAAAAAUGCUUUCUUUGGUCACUGAUUGAAGGGUUUGAUAAGUUAAAUUAAGCUGGAAGUUCGUCUU